AUGGCUGCACCGAACGGAGGAUACUUCAUCCAGGAUAAGCUGUACAAGACAGCUCCGCAUCAUGAGAGCUACAAGCAGCUCUGGGAAACCAAAUGGAAGAAGCCUUGCGAGAUGGGUGUUUACCCGUUCAUGUUCUCUGCAGUCAAAGAUUUCGAGCCGAUAGUUGAGAAGCUUGUCGCGGGCGACUACAAGGAGCCAUACGACUGGGACGACUAUGCACAAGUCUACUUCCCUAAAGCUGAAGAGCUGGUUUCCGAGGCACAGAAGGCUGAACAAGAGGGAAACAAGGAGAAGGCUUCUGAACUUUACUUGCGAGCAAGUGCUGUCUACCGCAUCUCGAGAUUCCCUGCACCGCGAUCAGACAAGCAACGAUACGCCUGGCAGGAAGGCAAGAAAGCGUGUAUAAAGGGCUUAGGACUUCGCGAACACCCAGUCCACGAAAUCCAAGUACCACAUACUCACGGUAUUGAAGGAGAGGGCAAAGUUAUUCCUAUCUACCACCAACUCCCAUCAGGUGCCAGCGAAUCGAACCCUACGCCCGUCGUUCUGAUUAUGACCGGUCUGGACGGCUACCGUACAGAACUCGCCGUGUGGAUGGAAGGGUGGCGUCAAACAGGUGUCGGCAGCAUAGUCGUUGAGAUCCCAGGCACUGGCGACUCUCCUGCCCUCGCAUCUGAUCCAACAUCUCCCGACCGACAAUGGAGCAGUUUGCUAGAUUGGAUCGAUACCCAACCUGCAAUCGCAAAAGACAAGGUCUGUGUUUGGGCAUUCUCGACAGGUGGUUACUACGCUAUUCGUCUUGCGCACACACAUCCCAAUCGUCUCGCUGGUGUAGUUGCACUAGGCGGAGGCGUCCACCACAUGUUCGACGAAGAAUGGCUCAACAACGUCAAUAACCUCGAAUACCCCUUCGAUCUCGCAACGACUCUAUGCUACAAAUACGGCUACGGCAACGACUUUGAAAAGUUCAAGAAGGAAGCAAAGAAGUUUUCACUACUCGAGGAUGGCACAUUGGACAAGCCCGAAUGCGCAAGACUGCUACUCGUUAAUGGCACAGAAGACGAGAUCUUCCCUAUUGAUGAUUACUACCUUUGUUUGCUGCAUGGAGCACCCAAAGAGGCGAGAUUUAUCCCUGGCAUCAAGCAUAUGGGUGAACCAGAGAGCUUCUUUGUCAUUAUCAAGUGGAUUUACAACCUCUUUGGCAUUCAGGCCAAUCCGGCGGAUCAGAUGAAGACUAUUCCGUUCAAGCCCAAGUACUAG